AUGGCUUGUGAGCAACGACUGCGGGUGAAACAGGGUUCUGUACAGAUGCUGCCACGCGCAGUUGCCACUGAGCAGCAAUCACUGGUAGUUGUUAAGAAAUUACUGGCAAUUGCUGUCUCCAGCAUCACUUAUCUUCGAGGCCUUUUCCCAGAAAAAGCUUAUGGGAGUAAAUACGUUGAGGAACAAAAAGUGAUGAUUCUUCGAGAAGAACGAUCUUGCCCUGGAGCUAGCCAGAUUGUACAGUGGUUGCAAGGAUGCUUUGAUGCUCUACAAAAGAGAUAUCUCCGUAUGGUUUUAUUAUCUAUCUACUCUGAUCCUGAAUACCCAGAGAAAAUAACAGAAUGCUACCAGUUCAGAAUUCAGUAUACUGCAAAAGGGCCUCAGCUGAAUUUUGAAAGCAAGAACCAGAAGCAUGUGACCAAGAUGGACAGCAAUGACAUAAAGAAAGCCAGUAUUCUGCUGGUGCGUAAACUAUACACACUAAUGCAGAACCUUGGCCCACUUCCUGACAGUGUCUGCCUCAACAUGAAGCUGUCCUACUGCGAUGAAGUGACUCCACAAGACUAUCAGCCACCAGGCUUUAAGGAGGGUGACAGCAACAUGCUGGUAUUUGAGAAAGAGCCAGUGAAUCUCACCAUGGGAGAAGUUGUUACGCCUUUUCACACACUUAAAGUGGAUGUUACCACUGAGAGAGAAAGACUUGAACAGGUAGAUGAUGAUGAGCCAGUAUGUGCUAGGGACAGAUGGGCUUUAAAAAUUAAUGAAAAAGAAUUUGUGUCUGUGUCUAAACAGGAGUUUUCAACCAAAGAUGUUGUUAUUGAUACUGGUAUUGAAAACCCAGACUUGAGCAAAGAGGAGAUGCAGGAGAAUUCACAGUUCCAGUUAGAUAGUCUUGUAAAGAAGACUGCUGAUCUUGAGGUGGCUGCCAUGAAGACUAGAAGUGGACGGCUGCUCAAGUCCUCAAUAUCUCAGUUUGAAUUUCCUCUCAGUCAAGACCCUCAACCUCCUGCUUCAAAGAGGCGCAAGUUCAGUGUGCCUAAAGAAAGCAACUGACACUCUUCUGUGUAGUGUAGCAGUAUAUGUAUGACAAGAUGGAAAACAAGAUGUUCAAAAUGCUUAUACUCUGCAGAAGCUUUUUGUUUUAAGAGAUUUUAGUGAACCACAAAGCAAUGUAUUGGCAUGAAUA